UUUCAAUCUACCUCCGUCGUUGACAAUGGAGAGACCUCCGAAUUGGCUUAAUUUACCUGAAGAACUGAUAGCAAAUAUACUUCAACGAUUGAGUUUUAUAGAGAUACUCAACAGCGCAUCAAAAGUAAAAUCAGCAAAGAUCCGGCGAUGUGGAAGGUCAUCGAUGUAUCACAACUGGAUUAUCAUUGUAUCGAGGGUGGUAUUGAAAUCAACCAUCUCUUUGAUUAUGCUAUCAAGUAAGAUGAAACGUCUUUACAUUAAGAGCUGCGAUCCUGAACUCGUAACCGGAGGGUUCAUUUGGGCAAUCAAAAAGCUAUCACAACUGGAGGAAUUUCAUCUUUCUCGCACUUAUCCCACUGCAAAAGACAUCGAAGAUAUUGGACAAAAUUGCCCUCAGCUCAAGUCCUUCUCGAUGAACCAAGUGUGUCAACAUCCACAAAAUGACGAUACUGCCCUUGCCAUUGCUAACAACAUGCCCGAGUUACGCCAUUUGCAGGUGAUUGGUAAUUGCAUGACAAAGAUUGGACUCCAAGCAAUUCUUAAUGGCUGCGCUCACCUUGAAUCCCUGGAUCUUCGUAUGUGUUAUUAUCUUAGGUUUGGCGGGAAAUUUGAAAAAUUAUGUAUGGCUCGGAUCAAAGAUUUGAAGAGCCCACAUGACUCAAUGGAAAACUGUGAGUUUCAUCAGGAUUAUGAUGACUGUGAUAUAUAUGAUUAA